AUGUCUGCCACUAUCGAACAAGUCUCCGGACAGUCCUUUGACUACGUCAUCGUGGGUGCGUCGACUGCCGGCCUUGUUUUGGCCAAUCGUCUCACCGAAGAUGAGUCCGUGUCUGUCCUUGUCCUCGAAGCUGGUGCUGCCAACCUCGGAGAUCCCGCUCUGUUGACUCCCGCCACAUUUGGAUCUCAGUUCGGAAACCCACAAUAUGAGUGGGGAUAUGCGACUGAACCUCAAGCUCACUCUAACAACCGAUCUGUUCCCUGGCCUCGUGGAAAGGGACUCGGAGGAAGCUCUGGAAUCAACUUUUUCCAAUACCACAUGCCCACUGUUUCUGACCUCGACGCCUUCGAGAAACUCGGAAACUCAGGCUGGAACUGGGACCUCAUCAAAAAAUACCAGAAGAAAUCUGAACGAUUCGUCCCGCCGGCUGUGAAAACCGAGACGAUGAACUAUGACCUUUCGGUGCACGGCACGGAUGGGCCACUUGUCACCUCGUAUGUUGCAACCGAAUCUGGGAUUGAGAAGCCAUAUCACGAUGCCCUCGCAAACCUUGGAGUGCAGCGCUCAGCCGAUGCCACCUCAGGAAACCACAACGGUACUUUCCUCACCCACAUGACGAUCGACCCACAGACGCACGUCCGGACCUACGCUGCUAACGCGUACUACGCACCCGUCGCCCACCGCAAGAACCUGACCGUUCUGACCCUCGCUCGAGCUGCUCAGAUCGAAUCGACGACCAGCGCUGAUGGAUUGUUGACCGCUACUGGUGUAGAGUUCAUCUAUGAGGAUGCGAGACAUUCGGCAUUUGCGAAGAAAGAGGUUGUCUUGUCUGCUGGAUCUAUUGUCGACCCCCAGCUCCUUGAACUCUCUGGCAUCGGUAACAAGGAGAUUCUCAAUAAAUUUGAGAUCCCCGUGAAGCUCGAGAUCCCAGGUGUUGGUAGUAAUAUCCAGGAGCACAUCCACGCUGGAGCCACAUUUGAAAUCUCCGAUGAAAAGAAGGAUGAAGUCCUCACUUUUGACUGCUUGCGCGAUCCAGCUGAACUUGGAAAGCAAAUGGUUCAAUUCAUGACCGACGGCACAGGUGUCUUUGGUAUGGGCCUCAGCAUGAUGUCCAUGCUCCCUCUCUCCAAAAUCAGCCCCAACGCAGAGCAGAUCUACGCAGACCUUGAGAAGAGCCUCGAGGAGGGCAUCGCCGCAAACAGGUACACGCCCCUGCAACAGAAGCAGUACAAGCUCCAGCUGGAGACGUUAAGGAAAGGACAGCCAAACUGCGAGACUCUACUCGCGCAGGCUGCGCAGCCGAUCCCAGGGAUUGCAGAGGAUGGAAAGAAAUACUUGUCGCUUUCGUCGCUGUUGAAUAACCCAUUCUCCCGUGGAUCCAUUCACAUCAGGUCUACAAACCCUCUGGACCACCCUUCCAUGGAUCCUCACUUGUUUGAGGAAGAAUAUGAUCUCCGCAUCCUCGUAGAGAUGUUUAAGUGGAACCGCCGUGUAGUCCAGACAGAGCCAUUGAAAAGCUUCGUAAAGCAAACCGAGGUCUUCCCUGGUCCUCAAGUCCAGACCGACGAGCAGAUUGCCAACCACAUUAAAAACACUAUCUCGACAGUGUACCACACUAUUGGGUCUUGCUCUAUGCUCCCCUUGGCCGAUGGAGGUGUCGUAGACACAAAACUCAAGGUAUACAACACCUCCAACCUUCGCGUUGUAGAUGUUUCUAUUGUCCCGCUCCACGUUACCGCCCACGUUCAAGCCAUUGCUUUCGCUAUCGGCGAGAUUGGCGCCGACAUCAUCAAGGGGAAGCUCUGA